AUUUUGAUUGGUUAACUAUGAAAAAUAGCGCCAAAAUCUUUCCGCCUUUCGUUCAGUAUCCGCCUGCUGUUGCCGCGUUUCGAAGUAUAGGCGCUGAAAAUAGUGUUCAUCGAAGUCACAAACAUGGAUCAAAGUUCUCCAAAAUUCAGCUCCCCAAUUGCCUCGCAAAAAAGAUGGACGAAGAGAAACAAAAGGAAAUGCUCAUUUGGAAGCAUCGAAAAGAGAGACAGACGACAAUUAAACCAGGAAAAAAACCGUGCGCAGGAAAAUCGUCUAGCAGCAGAUUUUGAAAACUCAUUUGAUAUAGAAUGUGACUUCAGUUCACCAAUCAAUUGGGCAGAUGCAGUUGAAAAUGAGGAAAAGGUGAUUUAUACUGAAAAUGCCAGAAGAAAAUACAGCUCUAGCCAAAGACCAAAGAAGCAUUUAGAAAUGAAGCGAGAAAGAAGUAUUGAAAAACCAAUGCCAAGGAAAAAUUUACCACCUGGUACAAGAAGCGCUUUGCAACCUGUCCUCACAGAUCCUCAUAGAAUAAGUCAACGCCAAAAGCAAAUUGAUAUGGGAAAAAAUACACUUGGCUAUGAAAUGUUUACAAAAUAUGUUUCCAGAGAGGAAAGAAUAAAAGAUGAUCCACAGACACCAGAUAAAUACCAGCAGUGCAGCACCAGGUCAUGGCAAGGUCAAGUCAAAAUUUGGAGACGGCAACUGCACAUGUGGGAUCCCCAAGAUGCAAGUGAUGCUAGUGCAGAUCCAUUUUCUGUGUCAACAAGUUUCCAGAGUGACUGCAAUGAUAUUGGUGUGGUUCCACUGCCAAUCUCAUCAGAGUCAAGUCAAGCUAGUGAUUGCAACUCAGCACCAACAGAUGACAUUUUUGAUAAUGAUGUGUUUGGAUAUUUCAGCUCAGGAAGACCCAUCCAGCUCUUUGAUCCAGAAGAUAUGUAACUGAACUGAUUUUGCAUUGUAUUUUGUGUGUAAAUAUGGUACAUAUGAUAUAUUUUAAUAAUUAAAGUAGAAACAGAAAAGAUCUAAAAAUUUCCACAACUGCAUUUACCAACAAAUAAGCCCCCCCCUCCUUGGACAGGACUUUCUUCUAACAAACAAGUUGUGCUAACACUUGAAGCGCAAGCUUAUAAAUAACUUUUCAUUGAUAUCUAGUGAAAUUUUUUCAUAACGUUUAUAAAUUUCUUUCAGGGCCCUAUAAAUAGAAAACGUCCUAAAAAUUAGACUUAGUUUGAAAGCUCCAAGAAAGUUGUUUUAAUUCCCACAAACAGAAACAUGCCAUUAUGUUGAUUAAUGUUUUUAUUGCAAAUGGUUUCUCACGUUUUUCAAGUUUUUAUUGUAGUGUCUUUCUCCUGUAUAUCAUAUACUUUCAAAAUAAAAUAAA